AUGGACGCGGCUACUCCCAUUCUAUCCGAUGAAUCCAGAGUCCUUGUUAUAUAUACCGGUGGCACCAUUGGGAUGCUCGUUGGAUCCAGGGGAUACGUCCCGGAGCCUCAUUUUUUGACCGAAACACUUCGUAGCCAGGCGCGGUUCCAUGACCCGCUCCAAAAUUCUCUGUUCUCGAAUUCUGGGUCCGUACAAGGCUUCCGAGAUUGGAGCUCUGGAAGUGGCAGGAAUAGUCCUCUUGGGGGCAGUGCAACACCUAGCAUGUCUUCAACGCCUCAUCAGCCCACAUUGCUCGUGCGAUCAUCCCGUCCUAUCGGAAGGACAUCUGCGUUGACUCCAAAUCAAUCAUCGGCGCUUGCGCACAGCAUACAGGUCACCGAGAACGUAUACGAAGCUCACCUGCCCAGUCUCGUCACACCACGGAGUGCAGUUCCCGGAGGCGGCGGCAGCAAGUCCAUCAGAUAUGCUGUUCUAGAGUGGAACCCUUUACUGGACAGCAGUAAUAUCGAGAUUGACGACUGGAUACGUAUAGCAUCUGAAAUAGAACUCAAUUACUCAUUUGACGCCUUUGUUGUGCUCCAUGGCACGGACACAAUGUCGUAUACUUCAAGCGCAUUGAGUUUCCUUCUGGAAGAUUUGGGAAAGACGGUCAUCGUCACAGGCGCACAAAUACCACUAUCACAACUUCGAAAUGACGCUACUGACAACUUAAUGGGUGCACUAACCAUCGCUGGACAUUAUAUUAUUCCCGAAUGUUCUCUGUAUUUCAAUCAUACCCUGUUCCGGGGAAACCGAGUCUCGAAAAUAUCCUCAUACGAUCUCAGCGCCUUCGGUAGCCCCAACUUUGCUCCGCUUGUGAACGUUGGCAUCGACAUCGUAGUGAACUGGAACGAUGUCAUCAGACAAACCAGUCUACGGCGCUUCCGAGCCCAUAAACAGAUGAGCCCUCAUGUCGCCACGCUUCGUCUGUUCCCGGGAAUUACAGCUGCAACCGUGAGCGCCUUUUUUAUGCCGCCCAUUAGAGGAGUAAUUCUGGAGACGUUCGGGGCCGGGAACGCCCCGCAACGAAAAGAUCUGAUGCUUGCCCUGAAAGAAGCCUGUGAAAGGGGAGCCGUCGUCGUUGCGAUCUCGCAGUGUGCAAAGGGUACGGUUUCAGAUGCUUAUGAGACUGGAAGGACACUUCUUCAAGCCGGCGUUGUUCCCGGGCAUGAUAUGACGCCCGAAUGUGCCUUGGCCAAGCUAAGCUAUCUGCUGUCGAAGCCUGAGCUGAGCACUGACGAAGUCAGAAAGCUUAUGGGUACGCCGCUCCGCGGUGAGCUCACCCGACCACUGCCGGCUGCUGUUCCAAGUCAACCCACCAUUGACCAGAACUUUGAGAAAAUCCAAGGACUUCUGUCUCAGUUUGUUCGGCUAUCAGAACAACCUGCUUCGCCUGUACCAAAGAUAACCUUGUCUGCACCACUAGACGAGGCGUCGCAGGAUGCGGCUGCCUCUUGGUCUUGGACUGCAGCUGAGGCUGCUUCGACAGAGGCAGUUCUGUUCCCAUUCCUUAUCCAUCUCGCGGCCGCGAGAAACGAUACUUCAAGUAUCCGGUUUUGUCUGGACUCAUCAUCUCCUCCAUCAGGAUACUCGGACCCGGAUUCUCCAUUGGUAGAUGCACCUCAGUACGGUAACAUAGCUGGUGGGCUGGUGAAUUCACUAGAGCCUGGUUCUGGUCGAUCGCCAUUGCAUAUAGCAGCUUUGAAUGGACACAUCGAAUCUGUCAACGUGCUAUUGCACGCGGGUGCUCUCGUUCAUCUGCGGGAUACUCUAGGACAUACACCGUUAUACUACGCUGCCAGACAAGGUCACCGAGAUGUCGUUGGAGUUCUGGUUCAGGCCGGAGCCAGCUUGGGUGGCUUGGAUGAAAGCUUCGCGAGGACAGCAGCAAGGAAUGCCGUUCGAGCUCACGACCGAAAAGGUCAAGAGAUAUGGGACGCCGUCGGAGUCAACGUAUAG